GAGUGGCUGGCGGCAGUGGCGGCUCUCGGGGCUGGGUUGUCAGUCAGUGAGCAGAGGGGGAAGAUGGCUCGCUGGGACCCGUUCUGUUAGGAAGAAGGGGGGCAGGUGGUGCUGCUACUCGGGAGAAAGCAGAUCAGCCGCUGUCGCUGUCGCUGCGAGUCAGACAAGUCGAGGUUCUGGAGGUGGAGCUCGGGGAGCCGCUCUGGUCGAAGGUCUAGAACAGAUGUGGAAAGAUGUUCACUUCAGAGAAAGGGGCUGUGGAGGAAUGGUUGUCAGAGUUUAAGACACUACCAGAAACAUCUUUAUCAAAUUAUGCCACAAAUUUGAAAGACAAGAGUUCUUUAGUCUCAUCUCUGUAUAAAGUUAUCCAGGAGCCACAAAGUGAGUUGCUAGAACCUGUCUGUCACCAGCUCUUUGAAUUCUAUCGCAGUGGAGAAGAGCGGUUGCUUCGAUUUACACUGCAGUUUCUUCCAGAAUUGAUUUGGUGCUACCUUGCGGUCUCAGCCAGCAGAAAUGUGCAUAGCAGUGGAUGUAUUGAAGCUCUUCUUCUAGGGGUUUACAAUUUGGAAAUAGUUGACAAACAGGGACAUAGCAAAGUAUUGAGUUUUACGAUUCCAUCUUUAUCCAAACCAUCUGUAUAUCAUGAACCUUCCAGCAUUGGGUCCAUGGCUCUGACUGAGAGUGCACUAUCCCAGCAUGGUUUGUCAAAAGUUGUGUACAGUGGACCUCACCCCCAAAGGGAGAUGCUGACAGCACAGAAUAGGUUUGAAGUAUUAACAUUCCUUUUGUUGUGUUACAAUGCUGCCUUAACCUACAUGCCCAGUGUUUCUCUUCAAUCAUUGUGUCAAAUUUGUUCAAGAAUCUGUGUUUGUGGCUAUCCCCGACAACAUGUAAGAAAAUACAAAGGUAUAAGUAGCAGGAUACCAGUUUCUUCAGGAUUCAUGGUGCAAAUGUUAACAGGGAUUUAUUUUGCCUUUUAUAAUGGAGAAUGGGAUCUAGCUCAAAAAGCAUUGGAUGACAUUAUAUACAGAGCUCAGCUAGAAUUAUAUCCAGAGCCAUUGCUGGUGGCUAAUGCCAUAAAGGCUUCAUUGCCUCAUGGUGCCAUGAAAUCUAGUAAGGAGGGUACAAGGUGUAUUCAAGUUGAAAUCACACCAACUUCCUCUAGAAUAUCAAGAAAUGCAGUAACCAGCAUGUCAAUAAGAGGUCACAGGUGGAAAAGACAUGGAAAUGCGGAAUUAACAGGUCAAGAAGAACUGAUGGAGAUAUCUGAAGUUGACGAGGGAUUUUAUUCCAGGGCUGCGUCUAGUACCAGCCAGUCGGGUUUAUCAAACAGUAGUAACAAUUCUAGUAACAAGACAAGUGUAGGAAAGACUCAGAGACGGUCAGCAGGAAGCAAAACUGGAGGAAAAGAAAAAGAAACUACAGGGGAGUCUUGCAAAGAUCACUUUGCCCGAAAACAAACUCAAAGAGCCCAGAGUGAGAAUCUUGAGCUUCUCUCUUUGAAGAGACUGACAUUAACUACCAGCCAAUCUCUGCCUAAACCUUGUAGCCAUGGUUUGGCUAAGACUGCCGCAACUGUGUUCAGUAAAUCCUUUGAACAAGUCAGUGGUGUCACAGUCCCACAUAACCCAUCAUCUGCUGUUGGCUGUGGGCCUGGGACAGAUGCCAAUAGGUUUUCUGCUUGUAGUCUCCAAGAAGAAAAGCUUAUUUACGUUUCUGAAAGGACUGAACUUCCAGUGAAGCAUCAAUCAGGUCAGCAGAGACCUCCUAGUAUUAGCAUUACUCUGUCCACAGAUUAAUUUGUAAUAGUUUUCUCACCUAACCAGCAAAUCUAGAGAGAUGACUUUGCUUCUUUAUGACAGUGCCCAGGGUCUGUCAUCCCCAUUCCAGACAGGAGCCCUGAUGUCUUAAAUUCUGAAGGCUACCUUGACUUUAUGAAGGGAAUAAUAUGUAGGUUGCAGUAAGUUGAAAUAUGGUUUUGUUAUUUCUUGGGUGUAUUUUCCCCCUUGAUUUUAGUCUUUUUUUCUUUCUUAUUUGUUUCUGUUGCCCUAAGAUUGUCAGUGUAACGAUACAUUUUGGCAGGUUGUCUGAUCAGAUUGGUUACAUCUCAUGAGAGGUUGUGAGUUCUUAUUUUUUAAUAACUCCUACUUUGGUAGUUGUAUGUUUGGCCUUCAGAGUCAAAGGGAAUCUCCAUGUAUGGGAACUGUUUCUGAAAGAAGGAGGCAGAGGUGCCGCUCCGGGAAGUCUCCAGCUGACGUGCAGCAUGGCAGUCUGAAAAACAGGCACGUGAGAAAACAAAAAUGAUGUGUAUGAAAAGUGUCUGAUAAAAAUGUUUGUAAUCAGAUUAUCCUUGAGAUUAGUGAAAUUGUUGAUAUAAAGCACUGGAAAAUGCCUUCUGACUCAGUACCUAGACUAUUCUAUAAUUCCAGGGACUGGGUAGAGGAAUUUCUGUUGUUAUCUUUGGAACAUUUUUAUAUCAAAAAUCAGAUUGCUAGUAGAUGUGUUGUUUUGAAGUAUUUGAUCUGGAUUUAGCAAGUGAAAAUCCCCUUCAGUUCCUAAAAUGUAAUAGGCUAUGAAGCUCAUUUACCCUGCUGCUUGACUUUGGAAACCCUAGGUAGUUUGGUUUCUUAUAAUUCAAAGCACACAUCAUUGAAGACUUCCUGGAAAUCAUUGUAAAUUGUGCAACACAGCUCUCAAGAUACCAGUGUCAACCAUAUAAUACUGAAUUGUUUGUCGGCAAAUGAAGGAUAUUAGGUAAAUUUUUCAUCUAUAAAAUGUCAUGAAAGAAAAUAUAGAGAAAUAUGGACAAAGGACAUUUAUACAUUAACUAAUUUAGGUUAUUUAUGUUUGUAUUCUUAAAUUUAAAAUUAUAAAAUGUGAAAAAAGUUCAAUUUUUUUUGUGAACAGGCCUAAUUUAAAUAUUCUUGUAAUGAUAGAAUAAUCAAUGUAGUUGCCCCCAACCAAAAAAUAAAAAUGAAAAAGGCAAUAUGGCAGAAGCUAAACAAACUUGUUUGUAGCUAUGGAGAACUACGUGACCUCUAGAUAGACGUAAAAGUUUGGUGUUUGCUAGUGGUAGUUGUUUUGGCUAUUGAGGUUCCCUGUAAAUCAAGCAUACUUAACUACUAAUUCAGAGGGAGGGAGAGAAAGCAAGGCUGAGGAUGAGAGUAAGUUGACUGGGAAGGAAGGCCUAGGGAGCAGUCCCCUCUUUGUCUCUUUCACUGUUAUUACACAGUGGCUUCCUUAUUUGCAGUCCCUAGCUGUGGUCACACAGAACAUGCUAGUUUUCCUUUUGUGCCUGCUUAUGCAGAGCUCAAAUGUGAGAAAUUCGUAUGUCCUGAGGAGUGCUAAAGCAUACACUAUAAAUGCAAUUUUUACUGUAACUGCUUUGGCUACCAUUUUAAAUCUAAUUCUUCAAAAAACAUGAACUAGUUUUCAUUCAUUAACUCUGACUAGAAUAUGGUUUUUAAUAUAAGUGAAUUUGAGUUUUUUAGUUCCAGUAAUAGAAAUGGAAUAAGAUCUAUUGGCAUAAAUUGUAGUAGAAAAAAAAAAAAGACAACCAGACAGUGAAAGUUGAUAUUGUAUUAAUUUAACAGGAAUCCUGUGUACAUUUAAAAUAUUUUAAAAUGUCACUGUGAA